UACUCGUGCAUGUCCGCGUCUACGCGCGCGCGCUUUAAACAAUAGGCGUGCAACUGCACAGAUCUCCAUCUAAAAGCGAGACGGAUACACCGAUGAGCACCAUCCGUGAUCGAAUCAAGUGUAAAUUGUAGAUCUAGACCCCGUCAAGAGAAUCAGUGUUUGGACUAUCCAAGCCCCUCCCAUCUGUUCCGCGGAGUGGCGCGGCCAGGAUAGGUUUCUGCCGGUGCAGUUGAGACGAGAUAGACGCUGUUUCAAAGUUGUCAAUGAGAAGAAAAGUUUGAAGGCAAGACUACUAAGAAGGACUAGGAAUGGGUUGUGCCCCUAGCAAGAAGAAAAGCCGAAGCAAGAAGAGCCAUAAGGAGGGAAAGAAAUACAACGAUGGAGUUAGUGGUAAGGUCGCGUCGGACAACGUGGACGUGUGCGUCCAAAAGCAGCUGGAGCGGUUCGAGUGGCAGCUGAGGAUUCUGAAGCAAGUGCUCUCAGCCAAUGGGGCGCAGGAGAGGGCGGAGCUCCUCAAAGACCACUCCCACGAUGAGCUGUUCGCGAUCAUCCAGAACUUCACGGAAAAGGUCUGCACAGAAACCACCGCCGACCUGAGUGCUGUCCACGAUCAGAGGAGCAAGAGGCGGACUGAGGAGCACGAGAGGGCAGUGGAAGAGCUGCAGAGGCAGCAGCAGCAGGAGCAGAACGACCUCACAGAGAGCUUCCAGGCAGCAGAGACCCUCCUCAAGGGCCAGGUGGAGACGCUGACGGCAGACCUCCAGGUAUACAACCAGCUGAAGGCAAGGGUCCAGGCGUCCACCUUUAAGAAGGACCUACUGCGCAAUAUACAGGCCCAUGGCAGCCCAGGUGCAUUCUGGGAGUCGGAGCAGGAGUCCCUCCUCUUCGUCAUCGAGAUGAAGAGUGAGCGUGUAGAGGAGCAAUGCAAGAAGCUUUACCAGCUGCAGACUUUGGCAGAGAAGAACCUGUCGCUGGAGGAGCAGAUCAUCCACACCCUGCAGCAGAACGAGGAUCUGCGUGUCCGAAUGGACAACUACAAGAGCCUCAUCCAGCAACUGUCGAAGGAGCAGAAUGAGCUGAAGGGGGCGCUGGAGAGGCAGACGGGGGUCAACCAAAAGCUGUCUCAGGAGAAGGAACAGCUGGUGUUCCGGCUGCGACACCGAGACACCUGUCCCAGCAUGCACCUGCCCGUCAUGCUGGCCGAGGUGGCGCCCUGAACGUGAACGGGAAACCCCUCCUGGAAAUGAGGCCGGGGAAACACCGCCCCCUGGAGUCCCAGCCAUACUCCGGAGACAAAACUUCUGCCGAACCUUCUGGAACCUACCGACCGUCUCCAGCCAUGGUGCCGCUCCCUUCUUCCUCCCCCCCCACAACGCCCCUGGGUACCAUGUCUCCAGGGGCGCCGGUGUACGGAAACCUUUACUGCUACAGUCCCGUCUUCCUUAGACACUCCCUGAGUCGACACAGAUAGUGUUUGGAGGACUUCCGGGGAGCGAUCGGCGAACCGUUUCACAACCGUGGUGGAGCCACAGUCCACUAGGAGUACGCUGGGGGUCUACUGAGGCCUUUUAACUCUCUGGAAUUUCUCAGUGGAUUGAAAACACAGUGGACGGUUAUUUUACUGUCAGAGAUGUUUAUGGCCUCAUAUCACUGCCAAAAAUCGCAAAGAUGACUUUGAGUCUUCCGUUCUUUGGCAGUGUUAUGCCGUCACAGACGUUGUUGAAGGACCGGUUCGAGCGGCCUCCUGUUUGCCGGCAGUCCUUCUACGUUACGCCACACAAGGCCUUUGUUUAUACUGCUGCAGUCCGUGCUCUUCCAAUCCACGCUCUCAUGGAGAAGUACUCAAUGCAACGCAUUCUUGACAGAUGGAGAGUUCAACGGUGGUCUUUCUAGGGUUACUAGGUCAAAUUUUUAGCCUUUUAAGUAUUCCAAACUUGGCCUGGUAAACGGUGCCUUGAUACAUGAGGGGGUACGCCAUUGUUGGGGGGAUUACAGGCCUGUUGUGGUUCAGCCCGCGCGAUCUGUGAACACGGGACAACAGGGACAGAUGUGGCCCGACCGAUUCAAACCAGAGACCACCGGGAGUUCCAAGUCGUUGAGCAACAGGACGAUGCCAAAUGUGUUUUGUUGAGCCUAUUUUUGUAAGGUUUAAUCCUAUGGUGUUUUAUUUGUCCGUUAUUGUGUCUGUUAAGAAGGACAUAACAAUUGACCUGCGUGUGCCCAUGUUCUGCAUACUCAGUCGCAUAGUCAGGUGUUUUGCAACUGCAUUACUUUGUGUCAAGUGAAAACGUUUUACAAAAGAGAGAAGCUGUGAAUGUAAACCGUUUCCUAUUGUACCAUUUCAGAUCAGGACAGUUAUUUUUUUCUUUUUGUGACAUAAAUACUUUAUUAAUCCAGAAGGAAAUUGUGGUUGCAAACAAGCCCACGUCUGCCUGUGUUUUAGCAUUUACUCUCCUCAUGCACUAGCACUUUUACCAGUAUUUCAGUCACAUCAUGUGCAAGAGAGAUUUCUACUUGUUGUAACAUUUUGAAAUGUCCUUGUCUCUGAAAAUACAAAACAAAAUAAAACUUUUAAUU